CCUUUGUUUUGAUUUCGAACCGCGCGGCUUCGCGAUUUUUGCAAGCAGUCAUUCCAAACGUUUUCUGCAGUCGAUGUUGAUAGUGAUUUUAGUUAAGAAAGAUCUUUCAGAGUGACCAUUUCCACAUGGAUCAAACAAAUCAACCAGAUUGCGGAGAGCAACUGGACGAGGCCGGUUCCAGGGAGAAUGUCCCCCAAAACGGCACCUCGGAAACGGUGAAAUGUCCCGAACCACAGAAACCGGAAGUGACCCGAGACCUGAAACGGCUAGCUGGACCACUCACGGGCCAAACCGUCAAACGAAAGAAGAAGCUAUUUUUGUACGGGAACUACGACCGCUAUUACGGCUACCGGAACAACCGCGAGGCGCCCAAGGAGGACGUCCGGCUGCCGGUUUUCAUGGAACAGCGCGGGUUCAUCGAAGGCAAGCGCAUGUUGGACAUUGGCUGCAACAACGGAUCGUUGACGCUGCUCAUCGCGGAACAUUGCCGGCCGGCGAGCGUGGUCGGAAUCGACAUCGAUCGGAAUUUGAUCGGAGCCGCGCGGAAUAACCUGGCGGUGAGGCAAAAGGCUUGCGACUCGGAAGCGCUUCAAAAUGUUCAGUUUCGGCAUAUAAACUACGUUUACGCGGACGAAGAACUGCUGGAGUGCGAAAAACCGCAGUAUGACGUGAUAUUCUGUCUGUCCGUGACCAAGUGGAUCCAGCUGAACUUUGGUGAUGCCGGCGUUAAAUUAGCGUUUCGGCGAGCAUACCGGCAGCUGCACCCGGGUGGUCGAUUUGUGUUGGAACCGCAACCCUGGGAUAGUUACAAGCAUCGGAAGAAGCUAUCGCCGGAGAUCUUGGCGAACUUUCGGGCGAUCCAGUUCCGACCGGACGCGUUCCGGGAGUACUUGCUGGGCGAUGAGGUUGGCUUUCGGGAGGUUAUGGAGUUGAAAAUUCCGUCGGGUGGUGCGGGAAGCAAGGGCUUUCGGAGGCCGAUUUACGUUUUUCAAAAGUGAUGAUUAGAUUUAAGUUAGUUGUUUGAAUUUUUCAAUUGAAAUUUACCCAAUAAAAAUGCAGGAAUUUUCUCAAGGAGAGCACAGUCAAAGCGGUUGUUGAUGGUACCAUUUAUUUAGUUUGUUUCUGAUAAACUUUGUACAUCAUUCCUCAAUUGUUCUGGGAUCACAAUAGCUUUCAGUAAAAUCACUGACAAAAAGCAUCAGCGCGCGCGCAAACACACGUUACCUUGAUAAUUUAAGCUAGCGAAAGCUUAAAGUUUGAUAUGCUUCGAAUCCAUACGAUUUGUAAACGGCUAUCAAACGAUUCUUUUCUAUCUACAAUCGAUGAGAGGUUUUCCUAAAUUGAUGCUGGUUCGGUGGGGUCUGGGACAUUUCGCCUAAUGUCGUAUCGCUGAUGUGAUUUUUUUUUGUAGAGGAAUUUCCCAUGUGUUCGGCAGGUUUACAUCUGAAUGACAACAUGUUGGAAAUAAAUAAAUUUGUUCAACUACCUCUUGAAUUCAAUAAUCUUAUUUAUUAUUUGUGAUAAAAAAAAGAAAAUGAGAAAUUUACAAAUUAAAAAGACAAAUAAAAAAAUAAAGAUCUUGAAUUCAAUUCAAAAAUUAAUUUUGUAAAUACUAAAAAAAUCAUCAAUUUAAAAUGUAAGAGCGAGUUAGGUGUAUUGAGCCCGAAUCCCAAAUAUGAGCUUGAUUGGUUGCGACAGGACCUAACGCUUUUAAUUUGAAGUUUGAAUGUGAUUUAACCGGUGUAGCGACCCUCAGUUAAUCAGAAUAUAAAUUUAGAUUUUUAGUUCGACCAACAGGGAAGAAUUUGUCAGAAGUACAUUGGUCUUUACAAUCAGACGAAGUGCAACAUCUUCAGAUGCACUCAUUAACACAUGUUGACACGAGUCAAGUGUUAUAUUUCUAGGAGCACGUAGGUUAAGAUAUAAAUAAACACAGUAGGAGGAUGGAAGGAAAAGCACAAAGCGAAAACAGAAGGGUCAUGAACUCUGCCAGGAUCCCUGCUGAGAAUUUUCGAGCAGAAAGAUUUCAAGAUCAACGCGGUGUAGUCAAAACGCACGUGGCUGAGCUACUCCCGUAGAGAUGAAUAUUGCGCAUGC